UUUCCGUCAGAUCGGCACCGGACAAUCGUCGGCCGCGCGCGAUACAUGUCGCCGGACAGUCGGAAGCUUCGGCUCGACCGUCGUCUCAUCCGCCUCGUCCGCGGACCUUUCAUGUUCAGUGCGGCCUGCGUUCAUUACUCGCGGUCGCGUGUCAGAUGGUAUUUUCAACCGCUAGUCCUCGCGCGUCUUCUCACGAGCGGUAGUCUCAGUGGAGAACGCGCGUCACUCGUGUUCGCCAACCCGUGGAGCGCCGCUGAGCAAACAAGAGGAGCCGUGGUGAGGGAGCAUGGCGAGAAACUCGGUGUGAGGGCACGCGAUGAGAGAGCCGAGAGAUCGAGCGCGAGUCUUCAGGUUGAAUCGACGUUCCUCGGGACCGGAGAGGACGGGAGAGGCGAGAGCACCCCUUCGUAAAUUGAGGCGUUCGCACUUGGGGAAUUUCUGGAGCGGCACGAGCGACGGGAUGGCAGUGGGGAAGGGAUCAACCAUGGAUCUUCGUCUUUGCCGCUGGCUCGUUUUCUCUCUCGUCAUUAUUCUCGUAGAUAGCUACGAGUACGUCACCGCUAACAAGUGGACACUUUGUCUAGUCGAAAGUGUACAUACUACGCAAAGAAUUCUUUCACUCUGUCCAAAGCUGGCUAAGAGUCCGAUAGAAUGUGUGAUAGAAGCUGAUAGAUUUGGCUGUUUACGUCGAGUAACCAAUGGUGAUGUCGAUAUCACUGUGUUGGAGCCAGAAGAGCUCGUGGCGAUAAGAAACUACAAACUGUACAAUGUACUAGUCACAAAUGAAUUAAGACUCUUCCUAGAGGAUGAUCAUCGUUUUGAAGUAGUGGCCAUAGCGCACAGAAAUGUGCAACGAAUAUGGGACGUCAAAGGCAAGCGGUUGUGUCAUCCCGGUCUCGACACCAUUGACGAUUGGACCAAGAUUUUCUCGAUGUACUUCGAGAAUCUGAUAAUUAAAAAGGAGUGCGACGCGAACAUGACGCUGUUCGAGAACAGAAUGCACGCUCUGUCCAACUACUUCGAGACGGCUUGCAUCGCUGGCCCCUGGUCGGCAGACACAGUAUUCGAUUAUCAAUUGAAAUCCAAGUACAGGAAUUUGUGCGCCGCUUGCGAGAGGCCGGCCAGCUGUUACAACACCGACAAGUACUAUGGACGAGAGGGUGCCCUGAUGUGCCUCACCGACGGCAUGGGCGACGUCGCUUGGGUCAGACUGGGCGAUGCAAAAGUGCAUUUUAAGGCUCAGAUGAUCGACAUGCAAGAUUACAAGUUUCUAUGCCCGGACGGUACCACGAAACCGCUCAACUUCAAUGAACCCUGCGUCUGGAUAGCGAAACCGUGGCCAGUAAUCGUAGCUAGACCAUCGAACGCCGCGAAUAUCGCCCACAUGAUGAACUCGAUGAUGAACAGAACAAUGGAUUGGGAAUCGAGAGUCUUGCAACUGAUGGAGAACUAUUACAUCUCCUCGACUGACGUGAAAGAGCUGCAAACGCCCGACGAUUACUUACAUCGAUAUCCAAACUUCCUGAGCGCCAACGUCCGAACGGGUUGUCAGCCGUCGAGAGACGUACGUUGGUGUCUGGUAUCUAAUCUCGAGAAGCGUAAGUGCAGCUGGCUAAGAGACGCUUCCGUCAUCUAUGGCGUGGAACCGUUGAUCUCCUGUCAGCAGGAAGAUAGCAGAGAAGCGUGCGUGGAGGGUAUACGAAACCAAACGAUGGACAUCUUCUUGGCGCGGCCCGAGGAGCUUCUCAAGGACAGAAUGUUGGGCCUGAAGCCUAUCAUCCACGCGAUGGCGAACAACCGGCAAGAAUUGAACAGAAUCGCGGCGGUUGUCAAGAGGAAUUCCAGAUUCAGAGUUUUGAAGGAUCUCAAAGGCGCCAAGGCGGCCUUCACGGGCUACAGAAGCAUCGGUUGGAACGCUUUUGUCACGUUAAUGAGGAACGAACUUGACAGUAAUUGGGACUGCUCAGACGCGCAGGCUAUUUCGAAAUUCUUCAAAGACAGUUGUGUCCUCGGUUGGAACAACAAAGAUAAUAGUAACGAGCUGCCGGCUAAUUUACACUCGUUAUGCAAGGAAGAUGCGGAGCAGGCGGACGACGAUCUAAGCGCAUUUAACUACUUGGCCUCUGGUAUCGUCGACGUUGCCUUCGUCAAUCUGAGGAUCAUAGAAAACAAAACGGAAGCCCGUGAUUUUUAUUACGAGAAGAUUGAUAGUAAGAAUGUAAAUCGAUUACCUAAGUACAGAGUAUUAGGUCCAACCUUGGCGGAAGCUAUAAAAAGAGUUUCAUAUUUGCUCGCUUGGACGUCCCUCGGCUCGAUAAUGGCGCACGAGAAUAUCACGGAUCUGAGACGCCAGGAAAUCUACACGAUGCUGCUCGAAAUGGACCAAAUAUUUGGAAGAAAGUUCAACGGACAGGCCCCCACGUUCUUGUUGUACGGGCCGUACGAAGAUAAUCACGGUGUUAUCUUCCCUGAUGGCACACGCUACUUGGAGUUAUACGGCCAUCAAACGUUAAAGGGACGCAAUUACGACGAAAUCGUGGAAGAGUUUGUGAAGCAAGAAGUUUGCAGUGCCGCUAAUGCACGGAUACCUCAUCUGCCAAAAACUCAUUUUCUAUUCAUAAUUAUAGUCUUCGUUCUAGACCGAUUAUUAAACUGCUGACGAUGGAUGGAUAGAUUAUGCUCUCUAUGAAAGUACAACGCCAUGCAAUAUAUUAUAUAAGAUAGUUCGUUAUUGGUGAUGCAAUAAUUUUGCAUAAAAGAAUAAAUAAUAAGUUUUCUCUUUUAAGCGAAAUUUCACUUUCAAGAAAAUUCAAAUCACUUUCAAGAAAAUUUGGAGAUUGUAAAAUUAAUAGCAAUGCAUAAUCCUAUUUUCAUAAUUUUGAUAUAGGCUUUAAAUAUUUAUCUAAGUUAUUAGGAUAAUAACUUGCACAAAUAUUUUUUACAAUAUUUGUGUAAAAUAUAUUCACAUAUGUUACAUACUAUUUUAUUUUUA